UUCAGCCCGGUGCUCCUGGAGAUCACCAACACACUGAAGCAGCCUCCCAAGGCUUCCACGACCAUGAAGACCUGCAUCAACAUCGGGAUCACCACCGCGUACUGCUUCUAUAUUAGCGUGGCCAGCACCGGGUAUGCAUCAAUGGGCGAUGCCGUUCCGGGGGAGGUGCUCGACGGCUUCACAGAUGCGCCGCCCUGGGUGCUGAUCGUGGCCAACCUGGCCAUCUGCGUCCACAUGCUCUCCGCCUUCCAAGUGUUUGCCCAGCCCAUCUUCGAUUCCAUCGAGAGCCAAAUCAAGGCUGCGGGCCAGCAGGUGAGCUGGCGAGGGCACCCCACGCUGCCCUGGGGCAGUGCUUAUGGGCGGCAUGGAGCGGAGCCAGGUGGCCUUUCCCUGCCCGCCCGCCUGCCCGCCUGCCUGCCUGCCCGCCCGCCUGCCGCGCCAACACGUGCGCCUGCGCCUCCCUCCUGCCUUGCUCCACUCACCUGCAGCAUCAUCUCUGCGGGGCGGGCGGCCAUGUUCCAUGCCGACACAGGGGCAGCCAACGAGCACGUGCCCCUCAACGACGCAGGCUACUUCCUGCCGCUCUGGCAGCGGCUGGUGCUACGGUCCGCCUAUGUCCUCAUCAUAACGCUGGUGGCCAUAUGCAUGCCAUUCUUCACAGCCGUCGUGGGGCUUGUAGGGUAA